CUAAGUAAUCAUUGCUUCUUCUCCUCCUGUUUUCCUUCUCUGCACAUAAUAUGGUUUUAUUUUUAUGUAAAAGUGUCAUAUUGAUGAUGUACCUCCGGAAAACAUACAGCAUUGUAUAAUGAGGACGUGUUUUAUGUAAAACCGUCAUAAUUAUAGUAUUCAUUAGAAAUGUGUAUAUUGACGUGACUCGCCAAGUGGCAACCCUACUGUAAACUCUUAAGUGUAUAAUUGGCCUAAAGGUCCAGAUACUAGGCUAUAAACUCAAAAAAAAAGUGUAAAAGUUUUCUGUGGAGUGUGGUUGGGGUUGCUUGUUUUUAAUUUUCGUUUGUUAAUGCCUCCAUGCUACCUAGUACUUCAUAGUUCAUAUUUUAAAACUAUUUAAAUAACAUACUUUUCUUAAGAAUUGUAUCCUUUAAUUUACAUUUGUACAUACAAUAAAGAAAUCAUGGGAGUUGAAGUGGAAACCAUUUCACCUGGAGACGGCAAUACUUAUCCUAAACCGGGACAAACAGUAGUUGUGCACUACACUGGAACUCUUCAAAAUGGCAAGAAGUUCGACUCCUCUAGGGAUCGCGGGCAACCCUUCAAAUUUACACUAGGGAAAGGUGAUGUUAUUAAGGGGUGGGAUCAUGGAAUUCCAAAGAUGUCAGUGGGAGAACGAGCUUCAUUAACUUGCUCUCCUGAUUUUGCAUAUGGUUCACGAGGCCACCCUGGUGUCAUUCCACCAAAUGCAACACUUAUCUUUGAUGUAGAACUUUUGAGAGUAGAAUAGCUUGCUUAUAAGUACACAUAAUGUCAAUGUAAA